CUAGGUGUCAGGAGUGGCGUAUUGGUAAAGCAUGGCGCCACCUGAAUCGCAAAAUACGCUGUCAGCCCUGUUUGACGAGGGUUUCAAUCAAUAUAAGAGCAUUCUCAACGCUGAUGAACCUACCUCCAGCAACAGUUAUCAGGAAAAACUGAAAAGGUGCAUUACUCUAUUAGAAGAUGCAACACGUUUUGUCUCUGCCAUGGAUAUAUUCAGCAGCAAUGAAGACAUUAAGGAAAUUAGCUCUGAUAACCUCAAGUUCAUGCUCCUUCCGGCAAUGCUUGGUCACCUGACCUUGCGCGAGACAACAGAACCAUCUGGCCGCCUGGACUUGCUGAAGACUGCAGAGGCCUACUUCAAAGACUACCUUCUUCGAUGUAGAGAUUAUGGCCUCAUUGAAAAAGUGGACUUUCUAGAAAAUGAGCCAGAAGAAGAUGACUCUAAGAAAGUGCCCUCAACCAAACCAAGUUUCAAUUCCCUCAUGAAACAGAGAGAGGAGAAGGUGAAACGCUAUAAGGAAGAGAAAACAAUGGAAGAUGAGUUGAAAGAUCUUGAAAUCAGGAUCAAGGAUGGACGUGCAGAUGAGGACACAGUGCGACAGUUCCACAUGACUCAGCUGCGGAAAUUUGUGAAUGCAUCGUACGAUGAAUUGGACUCGAUUGCACGAGAGAAGCCGAUGCUUCAGCACAUGGUGCUGAUGAAAGCCAGUGGAAAAGAUACUAAAGGACCAUUUGUGGAGAAACCCCAUCCCCUAAAACCUGUGAUAAUAUGUCGUGAUGAAAUGCAGAAGAAGGUGUUUGGCUUGGGCUAUCCCAGCCUUCCUACUGUUACUGUUGAGGAGUAUUACAAGCAGAGGAUGGGUGAAGGAUGGCUUCAAGAACCUGCUGCCCAAGGAGCAGUGAAUGUGACCAGAGAGGAAGUUCAGAGGCGAGAAGAGGAAGAGGAGAUCAAGAAAGAAAGAGAGGUUGAGGAGGAUGAUGAGGAAAUGCUCAGGAGGCAGCGGGGAUGGGAUGAAUGGAAGGAGGACAAUCCAAAAGGAAUGGGCAAUCGAUAUAAUCGUAGCUGAGUUGUGUGGCAUUCAAGGGAAUUGUCAUACUGCUGUUUAAGGAAGAGGAAAGAU